AAAGCAACACACUCCUGACGAUCUUAUUCUCUCCUAAGAAGUCUAACCACUACACAAUCAAUAAAGAAACCUGAGCGUGGGUUGUUUUCUUCUUCUUCGCUUCUUCUGCGGACAUUUUCAAUUAUUUUGUGUUUUUUGCCACUGAUGAGAAGAAGCAGGCUGAAGAUUGGGGCUCUUGGUUGAAGAUGCAGAACUCUAAGAGCUUUUUUUUGGAUGACUUUCUCGCAGGAUGGAUCGGAGGAGCCUCCAGUGUGGUCGUGGGCCAUCCGCUGGACACUGUGAAGACGCGGCUGCAGGCGGGAAAAGGUUACAAGAACUCACUCCACUGUGUCCUCACCAUCUACAGGAAGGAAACGGUCACGGGGUUCUUUAAGGGCAUGUCUUUCCCAUUGGCCAGCAUCACUGUCUACAACUCAGUGGUGUUUGGCUUCUUCAGUAACACACAGAGACUUAUAAGCAAGUAUCGCUACGGCAAUGAGCUGCAUCCCUGCGGUAUGCUGGACCUGACGGUGGCCAGCAUGCUGACUGGACUGAUGUCGGUGGGACUCGGAGCCCCCGUCGAUCUGGUCAAGAUCAGACUACAGAUGCAGACGCAGAAUGUUAUGGCAGAAAACUUGCACCUUGCCGGUAACGUAUCAAACGGCACCAACAUCCCCAUGCGCUCAGUCGACAUCCCCAGUCAGAGACUCUACCGAGGCCCCAUCCACUGCAUCAGCAGCAUCCUGCAAACGGAGGGCCUGCAGGGUCUGUACAGGGGGGCAGGGGCCAUGAUCCUCAGGGACGUCCCUGGAUACAUGCUCUACUUCAUCCCUUACACCGUCUUCUGUGACCUGCUCAGGCCGGACGCCACGUCCAGCCCGCAUCCCUGUUCCAUCUGGCUGGCUGGAGGACUAGCAGGGUCUAUUUCCUGGGUCACGGCCACGCCGGCCGAUGUGGUGAAGAGUCGGAUGCAGGCUGAUGCUCAGCUGCAGAGGAAGUACAAGGGAAUCUUGCACUGCAUCAUGCAAAGCUACAAAACAGAGGGAGCACAGGUUUUCUUCCGUGGAGCAUCGGUCAACGCCAUCCGAGGCUUUCCCAUGAGCGCCACCAUGUUCCUGACUUAUGAACUCUCGCUGCAGUUCUUCAGGAGCCUCUAGGACCGAAGAGACAUGAAGACAAAAACGCAACACAACAGACUUACUCUGAGAAGAGAGAUGGUGAUGUAGCUGAUUUGAUCUGACGCUAGUCUGUACCGAACACACCGGAGCCUUAAAACAUGAACACUUAUUCACCUUCUUGUCACAUAAGGAUUGGUGGAUCAACGCUAUUUGAACUCAUACUGGAAGUUUUGAGAGGUUGUUCUGUUGAAUAACGAGGGUUGGAAGACCAAAGUCAUCCAUGUGCUCAUGGGCAGAGCCUUGGCUGCAGGUUUUUUGCACUAACCUUGUGAUUUAAGCUACUUAAAUCUAGUAUUAAUACUUCACAUAGUUGACAUCGGGAAAGACGUUUGUAAAUCAUUUCAUCCCCAGGAUGGAAUCAAACCGGGGUCGUGGUUAUCUUAUUCAAACUGCUCUACAAAACAUAUAUAUAUAAAUAUUUUAAAAUGCUAUCCAUUUAUGCUUUAUGAAGGUGCAUGCUUUCAAACAAGGCUGAAUUUAGCUAUACAUUAAAAUUAUGAACCUGUACCUGAAUGUGGUGCACACGUAAAGGCACAUGUCAUUUUAAGACACGGAUUAUGGGAAUUUAACCGUUAUAUUGGUUUCUGCUUUUAUUUAUUUGUUGCUAUAUAGAAAGCCGAAAAAUAUUUAAGCUCAUCCAGGAAGAGGGGUCGACACGCAGUUAGAAGAUAUUAACUGAGAAAGCAGCAUUCUGAGUACAUGUCUGUGCACGACACACAGUUUCAUUUUCAUUUAAGCAAAAAAACAGAUGCAUGUCCCUUUU